AUGGCCGUCCCACCUAAAUUCGCCGGGCAUCGCCUCGUUUUCCCCUCUCACCAAAGCAAUGCUCAAGCCCCCUUCGAAGUACCCCUCCACACUUUGGAAUUCUACAUUGACUACGUCUGUCCUUACUCUGCCAAACUCUUCAAGUCCCUCACUAGCAACGUCCUCCCGUUCCUUCGCACCAACCCGGAGUACGGCAACAAAGUCCAGCUGAUCCUGCGACCACAAAUCCAGCCAUGGCACCCGUCCUCAACCCUAGUCCACGAGGCCGCACUCGCCGUACAGCGGAUCCUCAGCGACAAGGCGCCCGAUCAAUUCUGGAAUUUUGCGCAACGGCUGUUCCAGGACCAGGCCGCCUACUUUGACGAGGCCGUCGUGGACGAGACGCGCAACGACACGUACCGACGCCUAACCAAACUCGCCGAGGAGACGGUUGCUAUCGAUGCGGGCGAGGUGUUUAAGCUGUUGCAGAUCAGCGGCAAGGAGAAAGAGGAGGCAGCCAGGAAUGCGGGCAAUGCCGUGACCGCGGAUGUGAAGUACAUUGUCAAGACGGCUCGGCUAACGGGCGUGCAUGUCACGCCGACAGUGUUGUUCAAUGGGGUGGUGGCGAACGAGAUUAGCAGUAGCUGGGGCCCAACUGAGUGGCUGAAGUAUUUGCAGGAGAACAUCGUCUAA